CCCUGAUUUGCUUCUUGCACUUGGGGAUUCCGUCACAGAUACCCCUGAGUGGGGAGACGAUAUUUUGCAAGAUAUAUCUCAGCGAUGGGAGCCCAUUUUUAAAACGGGUCUUGCAAAGGAGAUCAAAGAAGACCUUUUAAAGAAAUAUCUUUUUCCUAAAAACGUUCCCCUGUCAAAGCCUCCAGUGCUAAACCCCGAGGUGUCUGCCAUGCUAACCGAAGCGUGCCGGAGCAGAGAUGCCCGCGUUUCCUCCAAGCAGAAUCAAAUAGGUCGCGCUAUCGCAGCCUUAGGAAAAGCUAUGUCCGGCAUACUGACAAAGUCUAUGAAGGGAUCGGAGGUAGUUAAAAUACUUAACGACGCCGGUAAACUUCUCGCAGACUCUCACUUCUUAGAGACAGACACACGGCGGUCUCUAAUUAUGCCGUUAUUAGAUAAAUCAUAUGUCGUCUUGUUCAAAGAGCGGCAACGCGAUACUUUCCUUUUCGGAGAGAACUUGGGGGAAUUCAUAAAGUCAUCAAGAGGAAUAAAGAAGACAGGAGAGUUGAUCGCGCCUACGGCGCCCUCUACGACAACCACAAAUUUAAACUGGACGGGCCCGCCGCGCCAGCAACGCGUCAACCGACCGCCAGUACAACGCGGCGGCGGGCAGCGAGCACCGAGGGCGGCCCCGCCGCCACCGCCGCGGCCGCGCCGAGCGCCGGCCCCUCCCCCGCCCGCCCCGCGCCGAGCGCCGCCCGCACCCAGCCGACGGCCGGCGCCGCGGUCCAGGUCCCCAUACCGGCGUGCGACGUAGAAGUACAGGCAGGCAAAUUCAUCCCUUACACCACCAGCUUUCCCUGGCUGUGACUAUAUUGUCAGGCAAGCGUUCCUGAGAAGACAAGUUCCUCAUUCGGCCGUACAAGUGAUGGUAUCAUCCUUAUCAAAAA